AUGUCUGUGGACCGCAAAAGGAAGAGGAAUGAUGCUGGUCGACACCCAGAAAAGCGUCCACAUACUAGUCCAGGAGAAGGUCUUAACGAGACAGAAAGCCGUGACGAACCGACGGACGAUGUUGACGGUGCCGGAAGUCUUUCUGUAGACUCUGGCGAGGAAGAGGGUAGCGAAUCUGAACAAACUGACCAGGAAUGGGCUGGCCUCAAUGGCACGAAGGCCGGGGAAGGCCAGGGCACUGAACACUCUGGGUUGCAUACCGGGACCCACCCGCAGAAACCUCCGAAGGGAGCGGAGCUGCGGGACAUCAAGGAUGCGACGGACCUGUACAGGUCGACUUCAUUCAAACUACAGAUCGAUGCCAUUCUUCCUAGCAUUCGUCCGAGGUAUAAACGCUCGACACCGCUCGAUCGCUUCCUCUUGUCCCUGCACACUUUCUUCAACGCACUUCCGUCCAUUCCACCACAACAUCCGAUUGUUGCAUCUCGCGAUUUGCUCAAGAAGGGUAUAGCUGUACCUUACCCUCUUCCCCUCCCUACUGAAGAUACGAAUUGGAAGGUAUCUUUUGAAAAACCAAGCGAAAUCUUGUUGGUAGGGAGCUGGGCACUGAAGACCAGCGUGAAGGCAAAGGAUGGCAAUCCAUACAACGUUGACAUAGCUGUAGCUAUGCCUGAGACCCUCUUCCAGGAAAAGGAUUAUCUCCACAGUCGUUACUUCCACAAGCGUGCCUAUUACUUGGCUGUCAUCGCUGCAUCAAUAGCAGACAAGAACAGCGGCUUUACUGUCAACGUGUCGUAUGAAUCUGUCGGGGCCGAUCCUCGGCUUACCACACUGGUCAUGCGACCAAAGUUAGACGAGUCUUCGGAAGGUCUUUCCAAACUCAAUGCUCAGAUACGCAUAGUCCCAAUGCUCCCCAACUCAAGUCCAAUUCCUCUCCAACGGCUUGCGCCCUCUAGGUCAAACAUACGCACGUCCGAUGAUGCCUCGAAGGAUAUUCCGACGCCCUUAUACAACACAGCCAUACUGCUGUCCAUGACCCCGAAAGUGCAUUUUCUUUCGAUGCAUUCGCUCCAAGAGUCUGUGCCGGCCUUCACCGAUGCGCUCACUCUGCUCCGCGUGUGGGCGAAUCAGCGAGGUUAUGGUGUCGGAAAUCGGUUUUGUAUCAGAGGUUUUGAGGGGAAGGGAAUAUGGUGGGCGUCGCUCCUGGAGUUAUUGGUCAGUGGCGAAGAACCAUCAACCACUGGCUUCGGGAAGUCUUUAACGAAGAGAAAGCCGCUGGGAAAGAACCUCAGCUCGUAUCAGAUGUUCAAGGCUGCAUUGGACUUCUUGUCGAGACAUGACUUCAGCGAAGAACACAUUUUCUUGAAGACCAAGAAUGGCCAUCGGUAUCCGACGCACGACUAUGAGUCACACGAGGCAGUGUUCGUAGAUUCCAGUUCUAUGGUCAACUUGUUAGCUGGUGUUCCCCUGUGCUCACUAGAUAUGCUCAAAUACGAUGCCCAGCUGACUCUGGAAAUACUCGAGUCUUCUACCAUGUCCGACGAUGCGUUCCAGUCCGUCUUCUUGAAGGAGCAACGUGCGCUGUCCACGCGCUUUGAUGUCAUCACUAGGGUGGACGUCUCUUCCGCAAAGCUUCAUCGUCCCCAUCCACAAGACCAUCUGGAGAAUGGUUCAGCAUACAAUGCCUUGCUCGCGACUCUGAUCUCAGUGGUUCGGCGAGGCCUUGGGAACCGAGCAAAAGCCAUUGCCCUCCUCCAUCCAUCCUCUCAGCUCAGACCAGCAUCACAGGCUCAACCUGCCAACUCCGCGACCAUCUACAUCGGUAUCAUUCUCGAUACCGAACACGCUUUCCGUCUAGUUGACCACGGGCCUACAGCGGCAGAGCGAGACAGUGCCGCAGCUCAAGAGUUCCGGGACUUCUGGGGCGAAAAGGCAGAAUUAAGACGCUUCAAGGAUGGUAGCAUCGUUGAAAGUGUCGUGUGGGCAGUUGGCAGCGCAGACGAGCGGACGCACAUACCCUCGUUCAUUAUUCGUCACCUUCUGCAACGCCACUGUGGUAUUCCAGACGACACUGUGCACACAUGGCAGGCGCAAUUCGACGAUGUACUAAGGCUUCCGGAGUCGGUCGCAUCGUUGUACAGAGCAGCGAAUGCAUCAGUCGGUUACAAGGCUGCCAUGACGGCCUUUGAUAACUUCGUUAAAACGGUCAAAACACUGGACAAAGAAUUGCCGCUGGGAAUCCUCACUGUGAGCCCCAUCACAGAGUUGCUGCGAUAUACCAGCGUGUUCAGUCCCGCCGCUGUUCCCGCAUCUUCACUCUCUGUAUUCCCUCAAUGUGCACACUAUGUAGCACCUAUGGAACUGAUCCUCGAGUUCGAGAAGUCUGGUCGCUGGCCUGAUGAUUUGCGCGGGAUCCAAAAAAUCAAGCUGGCGUUCUUGGAACGGCUCGCUACUGCCCUCAUGACUGCGAACAAGGGAAUGAAGGCAGCAGUUGUUACUGGAGAUGGCGUCAUCUCUUCGGAAAUCCAGGAUCAGGCGCAACUUGAGGUUCUCACUCCGGAAGGAUGGGCCUUUACUGCGCGGAUAUGGCAUGAUCGCGAAGCGACACUGUUGGAGAAACUCAUUGAUGACAAACCCCACGUUCCGAAGCACUUGAAGCGCGAGACUGGCUUGGAUGGAACGGAACGGCGAGCGGCUCAAGAAGCUCAGGAGAUAUAUCGUCGUCGAUUUAUCCACUCCCCUCGCCACCAUCGGGCAAUCGCUGCUUUAUCCCAUCGCUUCUCCGCCUUCGCCGGAACAGUGAGGCUGGUCAAGCGAUGGUUUGCAUCACAUUGGCUCUUGCACGGCCACGUCAGCGAGGAAGUGGUAGAGCUACUGUGCGCAUCUAUCUUUCUCCGAAACGGCAAGAACGUACUCGAAGAGUCCACAGCGAACCAUAGGACCGUUCCCGGGACGAAGGAGCGCGGUUUCGCGCAAGUAAUUGAGAUGUUAAAGGACUGGCAAUGGGCGAACGGGUCGUUCGUGCCACUCUAUGGCAGCACUGCAGAGGGUGGCGAUGUCGAGGAGCCUUCUAUCACCGUCGCCGCAGGGGCGCGUGCGGGUGUCUGGACUGUCACAACUGAGCUGGAUCCUGAGGGUCAUAUCUGGACAUCGUCUGGACCGGACGCUAUCGUCGCAAGACGCAUAAAUGCCAUUGCCAGGGCUACUUGGGAGUGUCUGCAAGGAAUCGAGGGCAACCAGUUCGACGUGAAGACACUAUUUACCCACCCGCUAGAGCACUACGACUUCAUUGUCGAUCUCGAGCCCUCGAUCCUGCCCAGAUAUGCCCAAAACAUCGCCGCAGAUGCAAACGCGUGGGUGCGGAAGGGUAAAUACGCCAAUGUCCAAGCAACGGAUGAUGCAAGAACCGUUCUUCCCGGAUUCGAUCCUGCGCAGUUGCUAUAUGAUGACCUCAAGCGCAUCUAUAAGGACACACUCAUGUUGUUCCACGACCCUUUGGGAGGCAAUCGAUUUGGCGCGGUGUUGAUGCCCGCAUUGAAAAAUCCUAGGCCCUUCAAGGCUUUGGGAGGGUACUCCAGUAUCUCAGUCCGAAAGGACCCUGAAAAGUCGAAAGACAAAGAUAAGUCUCUCGUUGUCCUCAACGAGAAUGCUGUCUUGAGUGAGAUCAAGCGGCUGGGAUACGGCUUGAUUAAGGGAAUCAUUGUUCAAGUUUAA